CCCAAUUUUCUAAAGUGGAUUAGUUUCUGAUUAAAUCCCACCGAAAAACCUAUCCCUAAAAUCCAUCCAUUCAAUUUCAUUUUCAUUUCAUCUCCAAUUUUCGUUCCAUAUUUCCGAUUUUCCCUCCUUUUUAUAUCCAAAAUCUCUGGAAUAUUCCCCCAAUUCUUCGUUGGAUUCAGUAAUCUUCCUCACUGAUUUAAUCUCAAUCUCACUCUCUCAGAUCAAAAUUGACGGUUAAUCAAUGAAAUUCUCGGCCAUGGAGGAAGCCGAAGCCGAAGCCAAAUCCGCUCACGAUCGCUACUCCAAACGCGCCGCCGUGUGGAUCCCCUCUCCGAUCAUCGUCGGCGCCGGACCGUCGGGGUUGGCCGCCGCGGCAUGCCUCAAACUCCGCGGCAUCCCCUCCCUAAUCCUAGAGAGAGAAACCUGCAUCGCCUCGCUCUGGCAGCUGAAGACCUACGACCGGCUGAAGCUCCACAUCCCCAAACGCUACUGCGAGCUGCCGUUCAUGCCCUUCCCCCCCGAUUUCCCGACCUACCCUAGCCGGCGGCAAUUCGUCGAGUAUCUGGAGUCCUACGCGGCGGCGUUCGGGAUCCGGCCGGCGUUCGGGCAGGCGGUGGCGAGCGCGGCGCGAAUCGACGGCGGAUGGAGGGUGAGGACGGCGGCGGGGAUGGAGUACGCGUGCCCGUGGCUGGUGGUGGCGACGGGGGAGAACGCAGAGGAGGUGGUGCCGGAGAUCGAGGGAAUGACGGUGUUCGGAGGAGCCGUGGGGCACACGAGCGGGUACCGGAGCGGAGAGGGGUACGACGGGAAGAGAGUGCUGGUGGUUGGAUGCGGAAAUUCAGGAAUGGAAGUUGCUUUGGAUCUCUGCAACUAUAAUGCUAAGCCUUCGCUCGUCGUUAGGGAUAAAGUUCACAUUCUACCUAAGGAGAUACUCGGAGCUUCAACUUUCGGGCUAUCGAUGUGGUUGGUGAGAUUGUUGCCUGUUUGUCUCGUCGACCGGGUUUUGUUGGCCGGUUCAUGGUUGACGAUUGGAAAUACGGACCGGUUUGGGAUCCAACGGCCCAAAUUAGGGCCAAUAGAGCUAAAGACAAAGUUCGGAAAGACUCCGGUAUUGGAUGUCGGAACCCUUCAUAAGAUCAAAAAGGGAUACAUCAAGGUAUUCCCCGGGAUCAAGAGAGUGAGGCGUGAUUGUGUAGAAUUUGUGGAUGGAAGAAUAGAUAAAUUUGACGCAAUAAUCUUAGCAACGGGUUACAAAAGCAACGUGCCAUCGUGGCUAAAGGAUAACAAGAUGUUCUCGGAGAAAGACGGUCUUCCAAAAUGUCCAUUCCCGAAUGGCUGGAAAGGCGAGCACGGUCUGUAUGCAGUGGGGUUCACCCAACGUGGUCUACUUGGGGCAGCUGUGGAUGCUAAGAACAUUGCAAAGGACAUAGAAAAAUGUUGCAAAAGGAGUUUUAAUUAAAAGUCAUUUCUAGAUUGUGUGAUGUAUAUAUAUAUAUAUAUAUAUAUAUAGAUCUAGCUAGUAUAUGAUUUUAUGUGUAUAUAAUAAUUAGUUUUUAUUGGUAAGUUAGAUCGAUUGAAGAAGAGAGAGAUUAUGGAGCUAAGGAUCUCUAAAUAGUUGAAAGCACAUUCUCACUACAUUUGA